AUGGUCACUGCGCUGUCUUCGCUGAGCUUUGCAAUGAUAACAACUUCGCCGCCUACACCGCCAAGUGCCCAAAGACUUGUGGAAAAACCAGCUGCUAAACUUCCUAUCCCAAACUUCUUCCUCUUCGUAUCCCGGUUUCAAAUGUAUUCAUUGGUAGCUCCCAUUCUCGGUUGUAGCGCCUAUCUUCUCCAAAACUCCUCUCCUACUAGUUUUUAUUGCUAG